CUUCACUUCUCGUCGCGAUAUAUACCCAUAUUUCAAGCAUCAUAAUAUUUGUUAAAAAUUUUGCACUUUUUUUUUGAUCUAAUACCUUCCUUACCUUGGAAAAUGCCAGCCACCAUCCAACCGCCGUUCCAAUUCCCCUCGACCUACUCGUUCCCGCCCUUCUUCACCCCGCAGCCCAACAGCGCAACCCGCACCUCCCAGCUCCAGAAAUGGUCCUCCCUGAUCCAAUCCUGGUGUCGCCAUCACCGCACCUACCGUCUCUCGCUGAUCGAGGCGAUCGAUUCCCCCUUGUUCCAUAACACCACGAUCCGGAAGCGGUUAUCGCUGAGCGAUGCGCGGGAUAUCCUAGAUUGGAUGGCGGGGCCCGAGGAAGACGCCGGUGGCGGUAGAAGGGCCGAGUGGAUCGACGGUGGGAAAAAGACGGUCGCGUGGAUCUGGUGGAAGAGGCCGGAGGAAUGGGCAGGUGUUGUCGCGGACUGGGUGGAGAAUACUGGCCAAAAGAAUGUGGUGCUCACUGUAUAUGAGCUGUUGGAGGGGGAGGCGACGAUGUCCCAAGAAUGGCAUGGGAUGGAUCCAGAUGUGAUGCUCAGGUCCCUCAAUGUCCUCGUUAAGCGUGGCAAGGCACAGGUCUUUGGUAGCGAAGGCCAGGAAGGCGUCAAGUUCUUCUAG